AGGGCACACGUGACUUUCCUUCGCCACGCCCCUGAGCCUCCGGCUCCAGCUGCGGGGCGGCAGUGCGCCUGCGCGUGACUCUCCGCACAGAGUCUGGUUCUCUGCCUCAGGGUUCCGGAGCUGUACGUGCCACCUGUGAGGGUGCUUUGUGCAAGCGAUUUGCGCUCUUCGUGCGGUGUUAUUUUAUGAAAAGCCCCAUCCCAUCCAUACAGAAGGAAACGUUAUGAAGUCCCGAGGGCCCUCAGCCAAGCUCCCACUCUCUUUUUGGCCCAGACAGAUUUCAUAAGGUCGCGAGUAGCCACUUCAGUUAGGCUGAAGACUAACUCUUCAAAAACGUCUGCUACCGCUCUCCCCUGCCAGAUGCUCUCUCACCCCGACUAACAAGGACAGCGCGACUUGGGUGCGACUAGGGAGGAAGACGGGCGACGUUUGCCGCCACCUCUAUGAUGAGGGCUUGCGGCUUGGUGGGAAUAGGAAUAAAAAGUUGGAUCUAGUCUCAGUUUGCCUUGCCCAGAACAGCUUGAAACUGGUGCUUCUUGUUAGAGGAAAAGAGAAAGCCCUCCCCGACUUUUCUUUUCCCGCGCUGAGUCUGGUGAGAAGACUGUCGUUCUGGCCGCCCCGGCUCUCUGACCUCAUCUCCGAAGGCCCCGUCUUAUCUGGUGAUCAGCAUAGAAAACGCCAGCAUUGGAAGCUUGCAAGUCUGAAACUACGGAGUCUAAAGGUUGCCCGAUUCCCUCAAGGGGCACAUGAUGGCUUUGCCGUUUUAUCAGAGAUCCCACCAGCACUAUGAUCUCAGCUACCGUAACAAGGACCUUCGCACCACGGUGAGCCAUUACCAGCAGGAGAAGAAGCGUUCUGCCAUCUACACCCAUGGCUCCACAGCCUACAGCACCCGCUCCUCUGCCGCGCGCCGCCAGGAGUCGGAGGCCUUCAGCCAGGCGUCUGCCUCCUCCUACCAGCAGCAGGACUCUCAGGCCUACAGUCUUGGGACCUCGCAGUCCUCCCUGAGCUCUGAAGUCAGUCGGAAAGCGGCCUUAGCCCAUGAUUAUGGCUACUCCUAUGGACUUACAGAUUCCAGUCUGCUGUUAGAUGAUUAUUCGUCCAAGUUGAGCACCAAAGCAAAGAGAGCCAAGCACAGCCUUCUGUCUGGAGAAGAGAAAGAAAAUCUACCAAGCGACUACAUGGUGCCUGUUUUCUCGGGACGUCAAGUGCAUGUCAGUGGAGUUACAGAUACGGAAGAAGAAAGAAUUAAAGAAGCUGCCGCUUACAUAGCCCAGAGGAAUCUUCUUGCUAGUGAGGAAGGAAUCAUAACAUCUAAACAGUCCACAGCAUCCAAACAGUCCACAGCAUCCAAACAGUCCCGAGCAUCCAAACAGUCUGUGGAAUCCAAACAGGCCAUGUCCACUUUCCAACAGGAGGAAACUUUUGAAAAGAAGUCAAGGAAAGUUGCAAUUCGAGAAAAGGCAGAACGCCUAUCGCUGAGAAAAACAUUAGAAGAAACCGAAGCAUAUCAUGCCAAGUUGAAUGAAGACCAUCUUCUUCAUGCUCCUGAGUUUAUCAUUAAACUUCGUUCCCACACAGUUUGGGAGAAAGAGAAUGUAAAAUUACACUGCUCCGUAGCAGGCUGGCCAGAACCUCGUGUCACUUGGUAUAAAAACCAGGUGCCGAUAAAUGUCCAUGCAAACCCUGGAAAGUAUAUUAUUGAAAGUCGAUAUGGAAUGCACACUCUGGAGAUUAACGCAUGUGAUUUUGAAGAUACAGCUCAGUACCGGGCCUCGGCCAUGAACGUUAAAGGAGAGCUUUCAGCAUAUGCUUCAGUUGUGGUAAAGAGAUAUAAGGGAGAGUUUGAUGAGACACGCUUCCAUGCUGGGGCUUCCACCAUGCCGCUCAGCUUUGCUGUGACCCCUUAUGGUUAUGCAUCCAAGUUUGAGAUCCACUUUGAUGACAAGUUUGAUGUGUCCUUUGGAAGAGAGGGAGAGACGAUGAGUCUAGGCUGUCGUGUAGUCAUCACUCCUGAUAUUAAACAUUUCCAGCCAGAGAUCCAGUGGUAUAGAAAUGGAGCACCUGUUUCUCCAUCAAAAUGGGUGCAAACAAGUUGGAGUGGAGAACGGGCAACACUGACAUUUUCCCAUCUCAACAAGGAAGAUGAAGGCCUCUAUACAAUUCGUGUACAGAUGGGAGAAUAUUAUGAACAAUAUAGUGCUUACGUCUUUGUUCGAGAUGCUGAUGCAGAGAUUGAAGGAGCACCAGCCGCUCCCUUGGAUGUCGUGUGCCUGGAGGCCAACAAAGAUUAUAUCAUCAUCUCUUGGAAACAGCCAGCUAUAGAUGGAGGGAGUCCUAUUCUGGGAUACUUUAUUGAUAAAUGUGAGGUGGGCACAGAGAGCUGGUCUCAGUGCAAUGACACACCUGUGAAGUUUGCCCGUUUCCCAGUCACUGGAUUGAUAGAAGGUCGUUCCUAUAUAUUCAGAGUCCGAGCUGUGAAUAAAACCGGAAUAGGCCUACCCUCUCGAGUCUCCGAGCCUGUGGCUGCUCUGGACCCCGCUGAGAAAGCUAGACUUAAAAGUCGCCCUUCAGCACCCUGGACUGGACAGAUCAUUGUCACUGAAGAGGAACCUUCAGAGGGUAUUGUUCCUGGGCCCCCCACAGACCUCUCUGUCACUGAGGCUACUCGGAGCUAUGUGGUGCUCAGCUGGAAGCCUCCUGGCCAACGUGGCCAUGAGGGCAUUAUGUACUUUGUUGAGAAGUGUGAGGCAGGAACAGAAAAUUGGCAGCGGGUGAACACAGAGCUCCCAGUGAAGUCUCCCCGCUUUGCUCUGUUCGACUUGGCUGAGGGGAAAUCCUACUGUUUCCGCGUCCGCUGUUCUAAUUCUGCAGGAGUUGGGGAACCCUCAGAGGCAACAGAGGUGACCAUGGUAGGAGACAAGCUUGAUAUCCCCAAGGCCCCUGGCAAAAUCAUCCCGAGCAGAAAUACAGAUACCUCCGUGGUGGUUACCUGGGAGGAGUCCAGAGAUGCUAAAGAGCUGGUCGGGUACUACAUAGAGUCGAGCGUCGUCGGCUCUGGCAAGUGGGAGCCCUGCAACAACAACCCCGUGAAGGGCUCACGGUUUACUUGUCAUGGAUUGGUGACUGGUCAGAGUUAUAUUUUCCGGGUCAGAGCAGUCAAUGCAGCUGGACUUAGUGAAUAUUCCCAGGAUUCAGAAGCUAUUGAAGUCAAAGCUGCUAUUGCGGCACCAUCUCCACCCUAUGGUAUCACUUGUCUUGAAAGUUAUCGUGACUCAAUGGUUCUUGGAUGGAAACAACCAGAUAAGACUGGAGGGGCAGAAAUUACUGGCUAUUAUGUGAACUAUCGAGAGGUAAUUGGUGGUGUGCCAGGAAAAUGGAGAGAAGCCAACAUCAAGGCUGUCAGCGAUGAGGCAUACAAGAUUAGUGACCUGAAGGAAAACAUGGUGUAUCAGUUCCAAGUGGCAGCCAUGAACAUCGCUGGGCUGGGUGUGCCCUCAGCAGUAAGCGAGUGCUUCAAAUGUGAAGAGUGGACCAUUGCUGUCCCAGGACCACCACAAGGUCUCAAGUAUAGUGAAGUCAGGAAAGACUCCCUGGUUCUCCACUGGAAACCUCCAAUCCACUCUGGGCGGACUCCAGUCACUGGUUACUUCGUGGACAUGAAGGAGGCCAGUGCCAAAGAUGACCAAUGGCGAGGACUCAACAAGGCAGCUAUUAAAAAUAUAUACCUGAAGGUGCGAGGUCUGAAGGAGAGUGUCAGCUACGUGUUCCGCGUCCGAGCCAUAAACCAGGCAGGAGUCGGGAAGCCAUCUGACCUCGCUGGCCCUGUUGUGGCAGAGACCCAUCCAGGAACCAAAGAAGUUGUUGUACACGUGGAUGAUGAUGGAGUCAUUUCAUUGAAUUUCGAAUGUGAUCAAAUGUCUCCAAAGUCCGAAUUCAUUUGGUCCAAAGAUUAUGUGUCCACUGAGGACUCUACUCGACUAGAAGUUGACAGCAAAGGCAACAAGACGAAAAUAACCUUCAAAGACCUCGGGAUGGAUGACUUGGGCAUUUACUCUUGCGAUGUAACAGACACUGAUGGAAUAGCAUCGAGCUACUUAAUAGAUGAGGAAGAAUUGAAACGUUUACUUGCUCUCAGCCAAGAACACAAGUUCCCAGUUGUCCCAGUUAAAUCAGAGUUGGCAGUUGAAAUUCUGGAGAAAGGGCAGGUCCGGUUUUGGAUGCAGGCUGAGAAGCUGUCUGGCAACGCCAAAGUCAACUACAUAUUUAACGAAAGGGAAAUUUUUGAAGGGCCGAAAUAUAAAAUGCAUAUUGACCGAAACACUGGCAUAAUUGAAAUGUUCAUGGAAAAGCUACAGGAUGAUGAUGAGGGAACAUACACUUUUGAGCUUCAUGAUGGCAAAGCAACCAAUCAUUCUACUCUUGUUCUCAUUGGAGAUGUUUACAAAAAACUCCAGAAAGAAGCUGAAUUCCAGCGGCAAGAAUGGAUCAGAAAACAAGGUCCGCAUUUUGCUGAGUAUUUGAGCUGGGAAGUGACUGGUGACUGUAAUGUACUAUUGAAAUGCAAGGUGGCAAAUAUUAAGAAGGAGACUCAUAUUGUGUGGUACAAAGAUGAGAGGGAGAUAUCAGUGGAUGAGAAGCAUGACUUUAAGGAUGGUAUAUGUACCCUACUUAUAACAGAGUUUUCCAAGAAAGAUGCUGGGAUUUAUGAAGUUAUCCUGAAAGAUGACCGAGGAAAAGAUAAGAGCAGACUAAAGCUUGUGGAUGAAGCCUUUAAAGAACUGAUAACAGAAGUAUGCAAAAAAAUAGCUUUGUCUGCUACAGACCUGAAAAUUCAGAGCACAGCUGAGGGCAUCCGGCUGUACUCUUUUGUUACUUACUACCUGGAUGAUUUGAAAGUUAAUUGGUCCCACAAUGGGACUGCUAUAAAGUACUCAGACAGAGUUAAGAGUGGGGUCACUGGAGAGCAGAUCUGGCUACAAAUCAAUGAGCCCACUCCGAAUGACAAAGGGAAAUAUGUGAUGGAGCUCUUUGAUGGCCAAACUGGACACCAGAAGACAGUGGAUCUUUCUGGACAAGCAUACGACGAGGCCUUUGCUGAAUUCCAGAGGUUGAAACAAGCUGCCAUUGCCGAGAAAAAUCGUGCCCGGGUGCUGGGCGGUCUCCCUGACGUGGUCACCAUCCAGGAGGGCAAGGCCCUUAAUCUCACUUGCAACGUGUGGGGCGACCCAAGUCCUGAGGUCUCGUGGUUGAAGAAUGAGAAGCUCCUGGCCUCAGAUGACCACUGCAACCUCAAGUUUGAGGCCGGGAAGACGGCCUACUUCACCAUCACUGACGUGACCACUGCUGACUCUGGCAAAUACGGGCUGGUUGUGAAGAACAAGUAUGGCUCGGAGACCAGUGACUUCACUGUCAGCGUGUUCAUCCCAGAGGAGGAGGCCAGGAAGGCUGCUCUGGAGUCCCAGAAGGGCGGCAAGAAGGCCAAGUGACCGGAGCCUGGCGGUGGGGGCGCCAGGAGAGCCGAGGAGAGCCGAGCUGACCUGUGCCAGUUGUGUGAGAACGGUUUGGGUUAAGGAUGAGGAAGUCUUAGAGCUUUCUCCUCCCUAUUUUGUGCUGGUGUGGGGGAAAACUUGUCUUUUAUUCAUAUAAAAAAGUACCAACUAAUAGGUUUUCUUUCUCUACAAAUUAUGUGUUAAGAAAAUAUCAUUGGUAGCACGAAUAUUAGGAAACAGUUUUAUGGAAAAGACCAGAAUAAAGUUGGAGGGGUGUGGAAUGAUGGUGGAAGAGCAGAAGGAUGUGUUGCGUAACAGUUUGCAUCUAAGCAGCUGUGAAGCCCAUCGGCAGGUUUCGGUAUGUUGUCUGUAUUGUUAGGGUAGUGAUGUGCAUUUCUGUUGGCAUCUUGUGGUUCCGAACCUCCUCGGUGUGAAUAAACAGCUCUCACAUCUUUCCUCCUCCCUGA